ACGAAGAGUGUAGGUGUUCUCCAACUACGAAGAUGCUCCGUAUUCUACUGAUCGUUGCGGCAAUCAUUGCAGUGGAAGCUCAACAUGAAGAAGUAAUUUCAAAGCGAUUUGAAUUUGAUGCUUCUGUUGAAGUGCCUGACGCUGUGGGAUUUUGGCCACUAAAUUAUAUGUAUAAGUUGGAAGACGUAUCUGGCAACAACAAUGAUGCUGAUUCUAGUAAUGUAGAAUUGGUAUAUAAAAAUAAUUCCCAUGGCCGGCCGUGUGGAGCGUAUAAAUUCUUUGGUGUCGCCGACUCGUGGGUACAUUAUCCAAACAAUGGUGCUUUCGAUACUGUAAAAUCAAUCACUAUCAUGGCAUGGGUUUGUCCUUUUGGUAAUGCAGGUCCCGUAUUCCACUAUAAUCCAUCUGGGAAUGGUGUUCAAAUGUGGCAGUGGGCUAGUGAUCAGGCAGCAGGGGAGUUAUAUGGACGUGUCAGGUUCAACAAACGCGACUUAACAAUAGUAGCGCCAUCAGACAAACAUUUAACAGCUAUAAAUGUAUGGUAUCAUUGUGCGGUCACAUAUGAUUUUGACAGUAAUUUUGGAUCCAUGUACUUGAAUGGGGAAUUCACAGCACUGGGCGUUAUGCCUGCAGGAGAAAUAGCAACUCAGUUUGAUGCACAAAGCGGCGCAGUACCAAAUGCUCCAUUACCAAAUGGUGGUAUAUACUUUGAUGGUUUAAUAACUUGCGUGCAGGUAUACAAUGUGGCAUUGACAGCAGAACAAAUUAAGAAGGCUGCUUACGACCCGUACUGCGUGUGUCCAGGAUUCAAGUGCGAUCCUCACAUCACUACUUUAGAUGGACGUCAGUACAGUUUCCAAGGCAUGUGUUGGUACACUCUUGUAAGAGAUUGCAUGAGCACAACACCUGACUUUGAAAUCACAGCCGAGUUAACACCCAGGGAAGAUAUCGAAGAAGUCAGGACAAGAGCUGUUGCCAUUAAGUUACAGUGGGAGGUGAAUGCGUUCUCGUUAACAAGGACAAUGUGGUUACUACAAGUGCUGACAGUCUUAGCAAAAUAAACAUAGUGCACGAUGGCGAUAUGGCAAUUCUAAGUUUCCAGCUCAAGGACACGACAUUCAAGAUAUUGUGGAAUGGAAGAAAACACACCUUCAAUAUCGAAUUCACUGGUGAUUAUUAUCGUGGAAAGAUGUGUGGUCUGCUGGGUGAUGGUGAUGGUAAUACCAAAAAUGACUUCAAGAAACCUGAUGGUGUAGUUGUAAAAGAUAUUAAAGAGUUUGGUGAGAGCUGGAAAGUUGCUGGCAAAACAUGCUAAUGAUCAUUUUCAAUUGCUGACCUAUAUAAAGCUUGCAAAUCGUCGUCAACGUCUUACCAGUUUAUUCAGUUUUGGAUAUUACAAUUUGAGUUUGGUGUUGGGCAUAGACUUAGUAUUAUUCGCUUUUGGCGCAAUAAAUAUAAUGUAAUAUUGUCAUAA